AGGGGGAAUCCGGCCGGGACUGCUGCGGGAGUCGGCCGAGACCUGACCCGCGGCGCGCGCCUUAACACCCACGCCCGCAGCCCCGCGGCGCCGAGCCGCGCAGGCGCGCGCGAGCACACACGCGCACUCACACACGCACGCACACCAGCACACCCGGCCCCCGCCCCAGCCCUCCCCUGGGCGGGGACCCGCCCGCCUGCCCGCCGUCAGCCUAGGUUGAGGCUCCCUGCGUGUGUCUAUAACUUUGUGCUGCUGCCGCGGCCGCCCUGCUCGUGGAAGGGAGGAGGAGGAAUGUGGAAGAAGGCGGCGCGCAGGCUGACAGGAGGUUCCUCGGGCGGGCUGCGGCGGCGGCCGGAGCGCUUCUCCUUCGCCGGGGUUGCGCGCCCCCUCUUCGCCGUACCCCGGGCCCGUGCGGGAUUGUGCGUCCUCCCGCCUCGUCCCUGAAGGGAAGGAACCGAGGCGGCAGCAGCGGCACCCCGGAGCCGAAGCCCGAGCCUUCGCGGCGCCCCCGUCCCUCCCCCGCCGCACCCCGCCCGGGAGCGAGAGGAGAGCGCGAGAGCCCGAGCCGCGGGCGGCGGGCAGGCGGCGAAGAUGGCAGAGGCACCGGCCUCUCCGACCCCCCUCUCUCCGCUCGAAGUGGAGCUGGACCCGGAGUUCGAGCCUCAGAGCCGGCCACGCUCUUGUACGUGGCCCCUGCAGAGGCCGGAGCUCCAGGCGAGCCCGGCCAAGCCCUCGGGGGAGACGGCAGCCGACUCCAUGAUCCCUGAGGAGGAGGACGAUGAAGACGACGAGGACAGUGGCGGUAGAGCCAGCUCGGCCAUGGCGAUCGGCGACGGCGGGACCGGCACGAUGGGCCCCGGGCUGCUUCUGGAGGAUUCGGCCCGGUUGCUGGUUCCGGGAGGGCAGGACCUCGGGUCCGGGCCAGCUCCCGCGGCAGGCGCGCUGAGCGGGGGCACGCAGACACCACUGCAGCCUCAGCAGCCACUGCCACCGCCGCAGCCCGGGGCGGCUGGGGCCUCUGGGCAGCCGAGGAAAUGCUCCUCACGGCGGAACGCCUGGGGAAACCUGUCCUACGCCGACCUGAUCACCCGCGCCAUCCAGAGCUCCCCAGACAAACGGCUCACUUUGUCCCAGAUCUACGAGUGGAUGGUGCGCUGUGUGCCCUACUUCAAGGAUAAGGGUGACAGCAAUAGCUCUGCUGGCUGGAAGAACUCUAUCCGGCACAACCUGUCACUGCAUAGUCGAUUCAUGCGAGUCCAGAAUGAGGGGACUGGGAAGAGCUCUUGGUGGAUCAUCAACCCUGAUGGGGGAAAGAGUGGAAAGGCACCUCGGCGACGGGCCGUCUCCAUGGACAACAGCAACAAGUACACCAAGAGCCGUGGCCGUGCAGCCAAGAAGAAGGCAGCCCUGCAGACUGCCCCAGAGUCAGCAGAUGACAGUCCUUCCCAGCUGUCCAAGUGGCCUGGCAGCCCCACAUCCCGCAGCAGCGAUGAGCUGGAUGCAUGGACAGACUUCCGCUCACGCACCAAUUCCAAUGCCAGCACGGUCAGCGGCCGCCUGUCACCCAUCCUGGCAAGCACAGAGUUGGACGACGUCCAGGAUGAUGAUGCACCACUCUCCCCCAUGCUGUACAGCAGCUCAGCCAGCCUGUCACCGUCAGUAAGCAAGCCGUGUACUGUGGAGCUGCCACGGCUGACCGACAUGGCAGGCACCAUGAAUCUGAAUGACGGGCUGACUGACAACCUCAUGGAUGACCUGCUAGAUAACAUCACGCUCCCGCCAUCCCAGCCAUCACCAACGGGGGGGCUCAUGCAGCGGAGCUCUAGCUUCCCAUACACCACCAAGAGCUCUGGCCUGGGCUCUCCAACCAGCUCCUUUAACAGCACCGUGUUUGGACCCUCAUCUCUGAACUCCUUACGCCAGUCUCCCAUGCAGACCAUCCAAGAGAACAAGCCAGCCACCUUCUCUUCCAUGUCACACUAUGGCAACCAGACACUCCAAGACCUGCUCACUUCAGACUCACUCAGCCACAGUGAUGUCAUGAUGACCCAAUCAGACCCCUUGAUGUCUCAGGCCAGCACUGCUGUGUCUGCACAGAAUUCCCGCCGGAACGUGAUGCUUCGCAAUGACCCGAUGAUGUCCUUUGCCGCCCAGCCUACCCAGGGGAGUUUGGUCAAUCAGAACUUGCUCCACCACCAGCACCAAACCCAGGGCGCUCUUGGUGGCAGCCGUGCCUUGUCGAAUUCCGUCAGCAACAUGGGCUUGAAUGACUCCAGCAGCCUUGGGUCAGCCAAACACCAGCAACAGUCUCCUGUCAGCCAGUCUAUGCAAACCCUCUCGGACUCUCUCUCAGGCUCCUCCUUGUACUCAACUAGUGCAAACCUUCCUGUCAUGGGCCAUGAGAAGUUCCCCAGCGACUUGGACCUAGACAUGUUCAAUGGGAGCUUGGAAUGUGACAUGGAGUCCAUUAUCCGUAGUGAACUCAUGGAUGCUGAUGGGUUGGAUUUUAACUUUGAUACCCUCAUCUCCACACAGAACGUUGUUGGUUUGAACGUGGGGAACUUCACUGGUGCUAAGCAGGCCUCAUCUCAGAGCUGGGUGCCGGGCUGAAGGAUCACUGAGGAAAGGGGAGGUGGGCAAAGCAGACCCUUAAACUGACACAAGACCUACAGAGAAAACCCUUUGCCAAAUCUGCUCUCAGCAAGUGGACAGUGAUACCGUUUACAGCUUAACACCUUUGUGAAUCCCGCUCCAUUUUCCUAACCCAGCAGAGACUGUUAACGGCCCCUUACCCUGGGUGAAGCACUUACCCUUGGAACAGAACUCUAUAAAGUAUGCAAAAUCUUCCUCAUAGAGGGUGGUGAGCUACCUGCCAGCAGAGGACAGCACCCGUCAGCAUCACCCACUCUUAUUUAGAGCACACCGUGAGCCCCUAUUGGCGAUUCUGUGCUGUUUUAAUAUCACGAUGGUUUUUGGGAUGCUUUAAAUGUUGUUUUUGUGUUUGUUUUCCUUUGAUCCUCUUGAGUUUUUCACAUACAUAACUUGCAGUAUUUUUCUGUUAAAAUGUUAACUGUCCUUCCCCUGGCAAAUUUAAAAACAGAAGGAAAAUAUUGUACCAGUUACAUUCUAGCUUUGGGCGUCACAAGCUUUUGAGCCCAUGGAACUCCAUAAACUAACACAUUACAUAAACUAGAGGGGGAUUUUCUUUCUUCUUUUGUUUGGUAGAAAAUUAUCCUUUUCUAAAAACUGAACAAUGGCACAAUUGUUUGCUGUGCGCACCCGUCCAGAACUGAACCACACAAAGGCAAAACAAGUGGAGCACAGCAUCCAACCCGAGAUGUUUCCAGUUCUGAGUUAGGGUGGUCUGAAGAUGAGUCCCCCAGCACCUGCUCUGUAGCUGCCCAGUCAGUAGGACCCAUGGUCUCCUGUCAGUCUCUUCAGCUAAUGCAGUGUACAGAGUUGACCUAUUGGUUAGAAACUAGAUCUUUUCAGGAAAGAAAGCAGUUCAGCUGUCCACUCAUUUGCCAAAUGCCACUGAAGGAUUUAGUUUUAAGGAGAAAAGGAAAA